UGGCUUGAGCCGCAUCUCGGUUUCUAUCUAGCAUCUUUGCCCUCUUUCUUGGGAUUCAUGGCAUGAAGGGCAAAACAGCCAGAAUGAAGUGGGUUUCUUUGUUGGGAUUGCGGAGGGCGGCAAGCAUCUCACGCCCAGGCCUUGCUUCUAGUAUGUCUCUCUCCCCCUUUUCUCCUAAAAGUCUAAGAAUUUUUUCCCGAGUCUAGGAUGGGACAUCCCCCACGGUGCCGGGCUUGCUAUCCUGUUAUGUGAUUAAAGGCGCUUUAUUCCUUCACUCAUGAGUUUGAGUUGCAUCAGGACAUGACUACGGCAUACAGGCCUUCUCCGGGUGAGGAUGCCCCGGAGCUCCGCCCGUUCCGGGGCUGGGACUGCUACUGCGGGCUGCUCCUCCGGGGACCCCGGCGCCCCGGCUCCCAGCUCCUGCAAUGCAGCGGCCCCUCGCGCCCGGCUCCCUGUGCAUCGUACCCGCUGGCUCCGGACAGGGGCCGCCCCGCUACGUGUGCUACUGCGAGGGCCCUGAGGGGCCGGGGCUUGACUCCGACCCUGGAGAGACCGGCGCUUUCAACAUCUAUGUGACUGAUGCCCUGGAGCUCUGGAACACCAGCUUCACCCCGGAGAGCCUGGAGAAACAUAAAGCCCAGCAUGGCUUGGAUGGGGCUGAGGACUAUUCGACUUGGUUCAGGGCUGCCUGUGACCAGCACUCAGUAUCUUUGACCUUGAAGGAUGACAGCAGCGCUUACCUGACUAUCUCCAGGGAAGCAGAAACCCUGACUUUUGACCUUUCUAAGGUGCCCAAUCCUGAAGCAGCCCCACAAGUCCAGACAUUGAUGCUGAGGUUGGCAGAGCAAGUAUGCAAGUUGGAGAAGCAGCUGGCAGCUUUAAAGGAUGAGACCCCAAGCCCUAGGAAGAAACCCCAGCCAGGCAGGCAGCAGCUGUUUUUGCCAGAUCCAGAUUCUCGAAGAGGUGCCUCAGGCCCUGUGGUCAAGAAAUGGAUGCCAGGAGAGUCGCUCAUCAAUCCUGGCUUCAAGAGUAAGAAGCCAGCCAGUGGUGUGAACUUUGAUGAUGCCUAAGACAUGGUAAUAACUGCAUGAGGUUAUUGCCUCCUGGGGGACAAGGACUUCAGGAGCUGCAGGGCUCCAGGGAAGCCAAUAGGCCUCAGAGCCCAGCAUGAAGGGAAAAGGGGAAGGGCCAAGUUGGCUGUGUCCAGAGGAAUGAGUGAUUCAUCAAGUCUGUGACAGCUGGCUCCCAGCUUAGCUGCUCUCCUAAAGCAAAGCAAAAUAAAUCACAAAUAUUUAUUGUCUA